UCUAGAAUAAACAAGCAAAACCUGGGGUUCCCAGUUGGCUACACAGAGCUCCUCCUCCCAAAACUCCUCCUCCACACACUUUCCAUUCUGGGUUUCAUCAGAAAACUCAUCUCAUUCCUUUUCCGAUCUCUGGGUCUCGGCGAUUUUCUCGAACCCGACAUUGCAUGGCCUGUCCGACCCGACUGCUCUUCGGAGCCCCACUCAGUCUCCGCGGUUCUGAUCCGGGAACUCCUACCCGUGGUCAAGUUCUCGGAUCUCGUGGACCCGCCCGAGAGCUGCGCGGUUUGCCUCUACGAAUUCGACGGCGGCGAUGAGAUCCGACGGCUGACGAAUUGCCGUCACAUCUUCCACCGGAGCUGUCUGGACCGUUGGAUGGACCACGAUCAACGGACCUGCCCGCUUUGUCGGACCCAAUUUAUACCCGACGAUUUGCAAGACGCGUUUAAUGAGAGACUCUGGGCCGCGUCGGGGAUUUCGGAUUACUACGGCGAGUACUCGCCGAUUACUACGGGUUUGUAGGAGGCUGGUUAAUUUUUAUUUUAUUUUUUCCUUUUUCGCCCAUUUUGAGUGGCUUUUUUUUGGUUUACUUGAUAUGUAUAACGUGUAAACUGCGCAAAAAAAUUAUUAUUAUUACAAUUAUAAUAAUAAUAAAUAGGGGAUAGAACAUUUUGUAUAUA